AUGGCGGAGAAAUACAUGGAGAAAGAGGGAGAUGCUGCAGAGUUUUUAUUUGAAACCGGCCGGUACGGCGGCAAUGGAGGUUACACGGAAGAGGAGGAGGAGGGUACAGAAGAACUGGGGUUUCUUGAAAAUGAUGCUCGUUGGUUUUCACGUUCUUCCUCUGUGGUUUCUCAGCAAUGGCCUCACAGUUUCAAGCUUGUAUCUGGUGUUGGUUAUUCAGUUUGCGACGUCAAUAAUAAUAAUAACCUGGACUUGAAUGAAGAAGCGUCAUUGCUCACAGAGGAUAAGAAAAUUCAUGAAGCUGAAGAAAUUGACAGGAUUGUGAGACCACAUUCAUCAUGGUCAAAAGAGGCCUCAUUCAAGGGGCAACUAAAUGGAGAACUUCCUAUUAGCCAUGGAUGUAGCUUAGUUCAGACCAUAUUCAAUGGUGUCAAUGUAAUGGCGGGAGUUGGACUUCUUUCUACACCAUAUACGGUUAAAGAAGCUGGAUGGGCAAGUUUAGCUGUGCUUAUUCUCUUUGCAUUUUUCUGUUAUUAUACCGCUUUACUUAUGAAACAUUGCUUUGAAAGUAAAGAAGGCAUCUCGGCCUUUCCAGACAUGGGAGAAGCAGCAUUUGGAAAAUAUGGGCACAUCUUAUAUCAUGGCAGCGUUGGCGGCGAAAAGAGGGAGGGGAGGACAGCGUCGGCGGCUUCACAGAGAAGGGAAGAGAAGAGGAUGGAAGAGAUGAGACGGUGCAUCGUCGUCGAUUCGAGGUUUGACAUGGCGGUGGAGGGAAUAAGUGAAGCGGAAGACGGCGGUAAUCCUCAGUAA